AUGCCUCCGGAUCAGACGAAACGGCUGCCAGCUUGCGACGUAUGCAAACUUCGACGCGUCAAGUGCGAUCCUGUACCUCCUCCCGACCCGUGUCCUCGCUGCCGCUCGAAAGGCGUGGUAUGCAGGACGACACAGGUCCUCCGCAAAAACGCUAAAAUCAGGACUGGGACACGCAUAGAGGCUGCAAGGGCUACAUUUGGUACUCUUCGGCCAAUCCAUGAGACACUGGCGGCCCCCUCACCCCUCAUUAAAGUGGAGACCUUCCUGGUGCAAUUUGAGCUCUCCGGGGAGCUCGCCGCACACUUGUUGGAGUUGUAUUCUAAACUACCUCGUGGCUCUCUGGUUCCGGGAGCAUCCCUCAGCGAGAUGUUCGAGGCUAAGGGACGGCGCAUCGGUCUCCUUCCUCCCAUUUCCCAGGUCUUAGCUUUAUGCAUUCUGGCUCUAUCGGCUCGGUACUCCUCGCAUCCUCUCUUAUUUGGACCGGGUCCAGACCCGCCAAAGAUGGGCUCCUUUUUCAACUCCCAAUCCCUGGCCAGACUGUCUAUGGCUGACUGGGGGCGAAAGCGCCAGAAUGCGGUCCAACGCCUUCAAGAACUCGCGAUAGAACGUGCGUGGCAGUUGAGGUUGCUGGCGGGAUCCGGUGAAGACGGAUCAGAAGGCGUAUCCAACGAAACCCUCUCUGCGCUACUCAUGCUUCAGCUCAUUGAAACUCGACGCAAGCACCCUAUGGGCUCUCCGUGGAUGGCCGCAUUUAUCUCCAUGAUCAGAAAGAAACAAGAGGUUCAACUCAACGCGAAAGUGCGCCUUUCCAAAGAGGGCACCGAUGCUACAGAAGCCACGGAUGGGAGUACGUUAGGCGGUCCGGUACUGGGGUGGAGCAUAGAGAUUAUGAGGGAAACAUUGUCAGCUGCUGCCCUCGGACAGAUUGGCUCUUAUACGGUAUACGAUGAAGAGCUCAUCACUGGGCCUAGACCAGUCUGUCUAGAGAAGCUAUUGGAACACGCAGAUACGUUCGGUAUCGCUGAUCCGCAUCCUCGAGAUGCCUAUGAAGGCGAAGAAGACCGGUAUGAGUGGUGGGACUUUGGGAGUGUGUGGUGCCUUAUCCGACCUUUCGCCUUUUAUGUCUCGGAGCUUGCCAGAAAAGGUUAUGAAUGGUCAUUGCAGAGAGGACACCGGAAAGCGUUCAACUUCUCGAACUUUGAGGACUUGGUUUCUUCACUCGUCCAUCUCCAGCGUCUGCUUAACUCCAUGAACGCAAGGCUCCAAAACUUGCUUUCUCCACCUGCUGUCACUAUUCGUCGCCAAAUGGGAUGUGGUGCAUCGAUCAUAAUGGUAACUGGAGAGAAGCCCGGCGAGAUGAACGAAAUGCUCAAGGAUCAGAUGGACGCUGAAAACGGCCCACUCCAAGGGACAUUGAACAUAGAGGGUAUCCAUUCGGCGCGAGACGAGCUGCGUGCUCAGCUCACUGCCCGGGGAUAUCUGUCUGUAUUGACGAAUGCGAUAGGCGUUAUCCUUAUUCCCAUCUAUACCGACCUUCAAGAGCGACUGUACUUGAUCGACGAGGGUUUUGCAUGUCCAGGGGACGAUGCCGACCGAUUGAGAAUACUCAUGCGUAUCAUUCGGAAGGCGUUAUUGCCGCACGCAUUGGAUCUGCUAAAAGCUUCACGCACCUACAUUCAUGCGGCAUGGGCAACUGAGCUAGGCUUCUCAAUACGCAGGUCGUCUAUCCCCUCGUCUAGCAAAUUCCAUAACACGAGUAGAAGUUCUACAUCUAGCGCACCUAUGGGGCCUUCUCCAGAAACCACGGCCUCUUCUUCUCAGUCAAACCGCGACGGUUCUCAAAACGAGCACAAUUUUGGCUCUUCAUCGCAGCCGCUUCCGUACGAGUAUAACUGGGAGGCUAGGAUGCUUCAGCAACUCAAUUACCUUAUUUUCCCCCGGGUUUCUUUGCGGGAAACUGGUGGCUCUUCCCUCGCCUUUUGGGCCAAGAUCAUUCUUGAGUCCCCUGCGACAGAUGAUGAUGGGCCAGGCAUGAGCAGAAAGCAGAAAGCAGCUGAGCUAGCAUGGUACGAUGCCCUCUCCCCGCCGCAGGACAGUUUAGCUGACAAGCCCAAUCUCAGCCUUUUGAACGUAUCAGAAGUGCUGUCCUGGUCAUACCCUGGUCUCCCCGACUCGCUUCUAUACACCAUACGACGCGCUAUCGUAGCUCUGAAGGCAGAACCUUUCGGAAGCUUCGGUUCCUCGCCUAAAUCCUUUGUCCAGGCACACGCAUCUUCCGUCCCAACGCUUAAGGAAGUAGCCGAGGGCAUUUCGAACGAGCGCGUCCCGGAGGUCUUCUUCGGCACUCGUCCUGAUGUGGGACAGGAAGUAGACGAGGCUGAGGACGUUCCUGACGUCAUCAUGGGACUCUACCGUGAUCUGAAGGAUUUCUCAUUCGCUGGUGCAUGGGCCCGGAGCGUCGCGAGGAUAGCAUCCUCAACAGGGUCACCUCAACCUCCACCGGAAAUCGGGGCUACGAUGGCUAACUCGUGCUUGGAUUCCGGUGGAGAAACAUCUUCGACAAAUACCGCUGAUGUCGCCAAACCUGAAGAUCUCUUCUCACAGACACGCGAAGUGCCGGUUUGGACAGUCAAUCAGUCUGACUGGUCAAUUCUGACAGCUGAUGGCGGGGACCACCCUCCGCUUCAGGCAGCUUAUGAGACACAACCACGCCAGCCUGACCCCUUCAGUUAUUCAACACCAUUAAUUUCGUCAGAUUACCUACAGAGCUCUCAGCCUCUCUCGCUCGACUCUGGCAUUACCACAUCUACCUCAAUGGCCUUAUUCGAGUCGAACCCGUUGGAUGCUGACGAGCUUGAGCUCGAGUUCCAGCAAAUGUUUGGUGCUUCUAUCUCCUCUUCCCAGAGCUUCCCCGUUCCGAUCGGCGAUCGGAGCAACCACUUCACCGACUCGACUUUAUAUCAAGAAGCACCUUCUCAUUCUGGACUGUUAGACGACGAAGACACCUCGAAAAUAGCUUGGACUAGGAACAUGUUUUGA